AUGGCUUUGCUUCUGGGACGUGGACCGCUCAUUUAUGAAAAGUCCAGAGCUUUUACUGGUGCAGUGAACGAGGGAGGGAGCACUCAUCCUGGGGCGCGUGCGUCUUCUGAAACACUCGUCAUCGCUCGUUGGCGGGCUGGGGAAGGCCAGCCGCCCGCGCCGCUGCCACAAACUUACCUCCAUGUCUCCCCUCUCUCUGGACUUUCUCUUGGUCUCCGUCAUUAUUCGCCGCCGUUCAGUCGCCGGCACCGUCCUCUCUUCCCCGUCGCCACCUCGGCUCCUUAUUUCUUGCUACACUGUCUCCUGAUAGUUGUUUUCCUUUGGUCACUGGCGACGCCACGGUACAGCCAGGCGGGUCAGCAUCCCUCCCACCGAAAUGCAGAGGUGCCUCUGACGCCUCAUUCCCUUUCCGUGGGCCUGUCAGCCCACGUGCGCAACACGACGUUUGUCUCGGGGGAGGAGGCCACGCGACCCGAUUCCGCUUCUCAAGUUUCACUUCCGCGAUCGACAAACAGGCCUGGCGCCAUUCCGUUUGCGAUUCCAGUAUCGCGGGACACGAUUCUCCUGCAUGUCCCAUUUGAUAGUACAACCCCGCGCCAAGCAGCUUUGGAUGCGUACCGACGCAGUGAAGAGUAUGGACAGGAAGCAGCCGUCAGGGCAGCCGCGCUGGCGGCGGCGGACGUCGCGUGGAGCACAUGCAGCGCCAGCUGCAAUGGUGGAUGGCAGCAGUGGAGCAGAAGCGUAGCCUCCCGCGAGGCCCUCCUGGCAAUUGAGACGUUCGCGAACGCGAUGCCGGAAAAAGAGGUUGCCAAGAUUGUGGAGGAGGCGCUGAAGGGGCGUGGGGAGGACGGGGAGUGGCGGCAGUGCCAUGCUUUCCCUUGCGGAGCGCUGGCUGAAAACACAAAACUCGACGCAGUUGCAACGAAAACAGGCCACGCUCCACUUCUGGGAAAAGCUGUCGCAGCCGCCAUGGUCGAUGGAGACUGCGGGAUGUAUGCGCAGCUGGAACUCGAUGAGGUGUGCCGAGACAGUAUGCUUCUGUUGGAGCUAACUUCUGAGUCUUGGAGCAAUCGUCUUUUUUUGCAGCGAAGUGAACUCGAUGACCACGGACGCGGAGAAGAGGGAGGCACGUCUUCUGCACAGCGCGACUCGUCCCUAACUCCGCAGUCCGAAACUGCGUCCGAGGGCGCUUCAGAUACUGUUGACAUCCGUAUCAAAGUUAGGCGUGCGUUAGAAGACUUGACAGGUCAGGACAAUGAUGGCACUGCGCAGCUCGAUCGGAUUAUGUCUUCUCUGACUCUCACCUCGUGUCUGGCGCUGUGUCAAUUUCGCAAAAACUGCGAAGCCGUCAUUUUUAAAGGCGACCUUGAGGCGCUGGACACAACCGAGGCGUCGAGUGACGAGGGAGCGGGGUAUAAGGGUCCACUCGCGGCGGCGGCCUCCGAUGCAGCCUUGCCGAGAGGCUCGCAUGGCUCUGCUGUCUGCCAAUUGCUGAAAUCUCUGUCGCCACCCAUGUGUCUGAAACUGGCGCGCGAGACUGCGCAAAGUUCCGCCCCAGAUGCAGACGAGGUGGAAUCAACGGCAUCUUCUGCGGUGCACAGCAUCAUGCUCACGAAAGGCGCCUCGCUGCCUCUCUGCAGUCCUGCGCUUCGUUUCCAAAUUGCACGCGUCAGUGCCCAAGUGGAUAAGCUGACAAAGGAACGGGACGCGGCACAGAAGACCCGCAGGAGACACGAAACACCGGAGACGGCACAGGCGUAUGCCGAGAUGUCUGCCGCGGUGGAAGACGCCAAGCGCGUCCUGUCGGCGUUGGAGGCCGUGAACAAACGUCUCGCGAGUCAGCUGCGUCGAGGCGUGUCGGCGAACGCAGAGAAGCCCUACGCGAAAAAGACCCACGGAAGUGAAGACACUCACCGCGGCCCUCAGCAUUCCGCAGGCGAAGCUGUGUGGAGCCGAAGGAGCCUUCUCCCUGUCGCCAAAUCUUCCGCGGCAGUCGACGUGAGCCGGUCGCAGGUCGCUCUGCCGCUGAGUCGAACAUGCCCUGUCUUCCAGUGGGUCCGCCUGUACGUGGGAGCGGGGUGCGCGGAGCCCCUUCUCGUGCGCCAGGUCGAGCUGGGUGUGGAGACAAAGGGCGUGAAGAAAGAUGUGCGAUCUCUGUUCCUUGUCGACAAGGGGCUGAGGGAGGAUUCUCGCGGCGUCGCUGCAGGCCGUUCAGCGGCUCGCGCGACUGCGAACAGCACCACGGCUGAAGGUACUGCCGCCAGGACGAGAUCGUCGACGUCCAGCGCGUGGAGACACACCCAUGAUACAGAAGACGAUUCAGGCGUUGCUGCCUUCAUUCAACUGGGGGACAGAGCAGCAGAGGGUGAGAGCCAUACACCGGGAGAGGCGCAGGGAGAGUCAACGCACAGCGCCAGGCACCCUGCAGAUACGGCUUCUGGAUUUGCGCACUCUCACGAAAAGACUAGACACACCUUUCUCUCGAACGCACGCGGUGAUGGGUCGCCGUCGCCCGUGAGGCCUCAUCGGUCGGAUAGCAGUCACAGCAGAAAAGACAGGACUCAUGGCGCCUUGGGCUCUCUCCGUCGCCUGAGGGAUGAUGUACGCAGCCAGACAGAACUUUUAACCGCGCUGGCUGCCGCUCAGUUGAAAGCACACGCAACGAACGCGACCGCCAGCGAACCAUCCUCAGGAGCGCGCGUCGGGGGCCCUUCAACUGUCGAUGAUAAAGCCGGAUCCGCGGGAGCCGACAAUGCCUCAAAAAACGGGCAUUCCUCGGCGCAGGAAGCCGCGAGUGCGAUGAAUCCGGAAUCCGCGGCGGGCAAUCAGACGCCUGUGGGCUGGCGGAAAUGCUACGCCCUGCUCAUGCGCGCCGUCGCCAAGCAGCAGAAACUGAAAACAUUUUUUGCGUCCGCGCAUCGCGGGGAACCUGAGAACGACUGGCUGACUGACGAGGACAGCGAUGUGCUUGCCACCCUCAACAAGAUUAAUGCGUUCGCCUCGUCCACGGAUCCGCGGGAGCUGGCGGAGGCGAAGCGGUUGACAGCGCUUGUCGAGGCAUACCAGAGAGGGCAGGCGACUCUUUUCGCGUCUUUCGAUUUAGUUCGUGAAGUCUGCUCGAUUUCUGUGGCGGACACGCCGAUGGCGUCCUCCAUCUCUACGUCGGAACCGCUGUCCUCUCUCUUCCCGUCGUCCUGUGUGGUCUACGCCCCCGACCACCUUCUUCUGCUCCCACCCGCGCUGGACGCGGCGACUCUGGAGGCCUUCGCGCAGCCUGCUCCAACGCGCAGCGACGUGCACUCCGCACUGCUCCUCCACGCGCAAACUGAGGCCGAGACGAAUCUGUUGCUGUCUCUCCCACCCUAUACCUGCCCCAUGAGUUGUGCGCUCACGCUGUGGUCGCCGUGGUCGAGCUGCCGGCCUGCAUAUGGCGGGCUGGCGGCAAGAAACUCCGCACUAAGCGCAGGCUCCGCAAAAGCGCAGUGGAGGGUGCGUGUCAAAGGCAUCACUCGAGCGCCGUUCCCAGGCGACUCCUGCCCCGAGCGGGUUCAGAUGCAGAUGUGCGAAGGCAGCGAGAUGGAGCUAGGGAUCGAGAGCGCGGUGGCGAGCAACGAGGCGCGGCGGAGGCUGACCGAGUUGAUAGCGGCAGAGGAGGCGAAAGUGCACCAGCUCGAAGCGGCUGGCCAGCAGGACGAGGCAGAGCGUGCGAGACAGGCUGCGGCGGAUUUCGCCAUGCAGCGGGAGACUGAAGAUGCACGCGUGAUUGAGGAAACAGUGAAACAGGUGAGGUCAGCUGUCUCCAACAUGCAGAGUCGCUUCUCUCCCGACUGCGUCUUCACGCCCUUUUCGCCGUGGUCAGAGUGUCUGUGUCCGGACGACGAAAUCCAGGCGCGCAUGCAACAUAUAGAGGAAAGCCAGGGCGAGGACUCCAGCCGGAACCGCGGUGAGGGGAAUCGCAUCACUGGCGUGAAAAGGCGCUCCCGUCGAGUUCUCCACUAUGAGAUCCCCGGGAUUGGUGUGGCGUGCCGAGGAGCGGAGCUGGAGGAAACUGAGGCCUGUGACGCGACGGAGGUCUGCGCCGCGCAGGCGCUGGACGCGAAGCAGCGACAGGCUCAGCGGGGACGACGAGAGGAGGAAGGGCUCGACUCGCCUUCGCCUGGGGGCGGGGACGCAGAGCCCCGCCUUAAGGCGCUUCACCGCGGCGAGCGGUCGCAUGCUCCCGCGGAUCCUAACCUCACAGCAGCGGCGGAUAUCCCCAUUCCUGGCUCCCGAGAGUUGAAAAGGGCGGGUAGUGAGGGCAGCGAAGAUUCAGAAGACGCCCUCGCACGAAACUACGAAGGUCUCGCCAACGGAAGCCGUGUGAAAGCGCGCGGGCGGGCAGCAGGAACGGCGCAGACAGGCGGUUUAGGAGACCGGCACCAUCCUGAGAUCCCUGCGUCAGGCGAGGGUUCUCCCAGCGAGGCAGAGAACGUCACGCCGAAUGGGCGGUUGCCUGAGAAGGGGGCGGAAGAUGCAGUCGAGAGAGGGAACGAAGAUGAGGACGCGGACGCUUCUGCAAGGCUUCCCCACGCAAGCGCGGUUGACGUCUCUUCAGUUCCAAGCAGCGCUGUAGGAACUUCGCAGCUUCAACUGGGCAGUACGCAACCGGUUCGGUUGCAUGUGCUCCGGGGCUCUGACCCUAUCAGCGGAGAAGUGGACAAGCGUCGGGCGACAGAUGGAGAUGCAAAUGCGACGGCAGCAGGAGGAGAGGGAGAGGACCUUGGGAUGAAUGUGAGGGAGGAGGGUUUGGAACCGAACCUCGACGUGGCAGCUCCCCAUGCAGAAUAUGAGAGCCACAGCGUUGUUGGACAGAACCCCAGUGCAUCAGGGGGGAUCCCGAAUAUCGGAGAAGGGAGUCAGAACAUGGAGGCAGCGGGAGCGCCGGAGGCAGGACUGUCUAGUCCUCUGGAGGAGACUCCCAGUGGGGCAGAGAACCCCGGUGCGACAGAGAAUCCCGGUGCGACAGAGAAUCCCGGUGCGACAGAGAUCCCCAGUGCGACAGAGAAUCCCGGUGCGACAGAGAACCCCAGUGCGACAGAGAAUCCCGGUGCGACAGAGAACCCCAGUGCGACAGAGAACCCCAGUGCGACAGAGAAUCCCGAUGCGACAGAGAACCCCAGUGCGACAGAGAAUCCCGGUGCGACAGAGAACCCCAGUGCGACAGAGAACCCCAGUGCGACAGAGAACCCCAGUGCGACAGAGAAUCCCGGUGCGACAGAGAACCCCAGUGCGACAGAGAACCCCAGUGCGACAGAGAACCCCAGUGCGACAGAGAACCCCAGUGCGACAGAGAAUCCCGGUGCGGCAGAGAACCCCAGUGCGACAGAGAAUCCCGGUGUGACAGAGAAUCCCGGUGUGACAGAGAACCCCAGUGCGACAGAGAAUCCCGGUGCGACAGAGAACCCCAGUGCGACAGAGAAUCCCGGUGCGACAGAGAACCCCAGUGCGACAGAGAAUCCCGGUGCGACAGAGAACCCCAGUGCGACAGAGAAUCCCGGUGCGACAGAGAACCCAAGUGCGACAGAGAAUCCCGGUGCGACAGAGAACCCAAGUGCGACAGAGAAUCCCGGUGCAACAGAGAACCCAAGUGCGACAGAGAAUCCCGGUGCGACAGAGAACCCAAGUGCGACAGAGAAUCCCGGUGCGACAGAGAAUCCCGGUGCGACAGAGAAUCCCGGUGCGACAGAGAACCCCAGUGCGACAGAGAAUCCCGGUGCGACAGAGAACCCCAGUGCGACAGAGAAUCCCGGUGCGACAGAGAACCCCAGUGCGACAGAGAAUCCCGGUGCGACAGAGAACCCAAGUGCGACAGAGAAUCCCGGUGCGACAGAGAUCCCCAGUGGGACAGAGGACUCCAUCGGGACAGAGAAUCCAGGCAGCGACGAGGCACCAACUGUGAUGGGUGUGAGUUCGCUUGCCUUCAUUUUGGUGAGCGUCGCGGGACUUCUUUUGGGUCUUUCAACCGUGUUUAUUUGCAUCGGUUGCAGCAAGAAGGUUCGCAUCAUGCUUGCUGUGGGCGAGGGAUCACUCGAGCGGCAGGAAGAAAUGGCGUAUAGUCUGCUGGAGCAGCAGGAGUAUGCAGCUGAAGCUGCGGCUGCGUGCCAAGCCUAUUACAACUGGCCUGUUGGUUUCUUCCCUCUCGUCUCCCCAGACGGCAAUUACGUCUUAGAUGCAAGAAUGGGAGGAUGUCUGAUGGUCGCACCUUGCCUCAGUUCCGGAGGCGCCGAUAGCCCCCCAGCUGGCACGCCUCUUCGAUCAUCGCUUGGAACCGGAAUCUACAGAACCCAGGACGGUCGCCUGGUCGGGGACUGGGGCGAAGAGCUGGCUGUGGAAGUGCUCCCCAUCCAGCUGAGGCCUGGCUACGUCCACGUUCCAGUGGUUGCAAUGGCUAUGAAGCCGGCUUCGGGUGAUGAUUCUGAUGAGGUGCCAGAGAAGGGAUCGUCGCGGUCGCGCAGAGUACUUCGCUUAUCAGCUGCAGUGAAUCGAGCGCUGCAGAGGAAGACUGUGGCUUCACCGAAGCACCGCGUCGACAGCACAGCGACUGAAACCCCCACUAGCGGAGAAAUGUCGGCCUUUCUGUUUGGUGGAAGCGAAAGCGCCCGCUCUUCACGUUCCUCUCGGCGCAACAGUAGCUCGCGCCUUGACGAUGAGGGCGGUAAAGCAGAAGGCAAACGCCAGACGAGCAGAGCCCGCCGCAGCAGCAGCGCUGUAGAUGAUGGCAUACCCCGGCACGACCGUGUUUCGAGCUCUCGCAGAAAGUCCUCUAAAGAUGAUGAAGGCGACCGCUCAGGGCGUAGGAGCAGCCAUCACAGCAGUACAAAAAAGGAUGAUGACGAGAAGAGGAUUCGGAAAUCAAGCGGUCUGAAAGAGAAAUCUGCACGAAAGGAGAGCAGCGGCAGUUAA